UUACACAGUUAAUAAAUUAAACUGAAAUGCAAAUCUGUGCUCUUAAUCACUAAGGUGUUGAUUACUAUUCCAUAACACUUUCAUAGCAAGGUUUCAAUGUCAUAACUCUUCCCACCUUAUAUUUCAUAUUACAAUUCAAAUGUUAUUUGUUUCAAAUAUUUUUUCAAAGAUUUUUUUGAAUUUAGAGUACCCCAGUGUGAUAGGUAUUAGGGAGAGGGCUAUAAAGUGGUAUCCAGAUUCUCAGCUCUUGGUAAAAAGUAGCUUUAAUACAUCCUAGGUUAGAAGUGAUGGAACACGCUAUGCUUUUUUAAAAGACCUUGCAUGGUGGGACUUCCCUGAUGGUCCAGUGGCUAAGAUUCUGUGCUGCCAAUGUAGGGGGCUCGGGUUCGAUCCCUGGUCAGGGAACUAAGAGCAUGUGCCUUGGCGGUGCUGGGAAAAAAAAAAAAGUUUAUAGUCUAAGAGAGAGAUAAUGCAUGUAAAGAAAAUAACUGCAGUGUAAUUGAUCUCUUUGCGCCUCAGUUUCCUUCUUUGUAAAACCCUAGAAUAGUAUGCCCACCCCACGGUGUUGAGAAGAUUAAAUGGAUUAAUAAUAUUAAAAUGCUUAGAACAGAGCUUUGCACUCUUAGCUGCUGCUAUUAAUAAUUACUGUGAUGUCUAUAAUAGAAGUGCUGCACAAGGUAGAGUGGAGUGUCAGCAGCCUUAUUUUGAGAAGGUUGGAACAGGUUUUACAGAGGCUCUGAAUCUUAAAGGAUCAGGAGGAGUUUUUCAAGAUGUUGUAGAGGAAUGCAAAAAUUGCAGGCAGAGGGAAAAAAUGCAUGAAAACAUAUGCAGAUAUGAACCAGGCUAGCACAUUUAGAAAAUGGAGUAGAUCAGAAUGAUUGGAAUAUACGACACAAAGGGGAGAGGAGAUUAGAGUCGGGUACAGGUCAUGGGUAGCCUUUUCUACCACGCAAAAGAGUUUCCUUUCCAACUUAAGUGUCACUGUAGAAACUAGAUUAGAAACACUACCUUCACGUCAGCCUCAUCUGAGAACAGUGAGUUGGUUCAGCUCUUAAAGCACCGUUGGGUACCAGGCACCAUGCUAAACGAAAUCUAGGAGGUACAAAGGUAGCGGGCCUGCUUUGUGGUAUCUCUGUUGAGCAACUAAAGAUCCUCAGUUAAAAGAGCUCUGUGCUGAUAUAAAGAACCCCUGCUGUAGACCAUGGCAGUGAGUGGGUCAGAGGUAAGAGUGAAACCCAAGAGGGAGCCCUAAAAUGUCAGGACUGAAGAAACGGAUUGCCAGCAUACUGCCACCUGCCUUCUGACGCGUUGACACAAACUUUUGCUGCAGGGAAGUGAAUGCAUAAAAAUACAACCAACUGACAUCCAACCUGACAUAUUCAGCUAUUUGUUGCACAUUAUGUACACGGGGAAAGGGCCAAAACAGAUUGUGGAUCACAGUCGUUUGGAGGAAGGGAUUCGAUUUCUUCACGCCGACUACCUUUCUCACAUUGCAACUGAAAUGAAUCAAGUGUUCUCACCAGAGACUGUGCAGUCCUCAAAUUUGUAUGGCAUUCAGAUCUCAACGACCCAAAAAACAGCUGUCAAACAAGGGCUGGAGGUCAAGGAAGCUCCUUCCAAUAACAGUGGAAACAGAGCUGCCGUCCAGGGUGACCACCCCCAGUUGCAACUCUCUCUUGCUAUUGGGCUGGAUGAUGGCACUGCAGACCAGCAGAGAGCCCAUCCUGCUGCCCAGGCCUUGGAGGAGCACCAGAAGCCCCCAGUGUCCAUCAAGCAGGAGAGAUGUGACCCAGAAUCUGUGAUCUCCCAGAGCCAUCCCUCACCUUCAUCAGAGGUGACGGGCCCCACUUUCACUGAAAGUGGUAUCAAAAUGCACUUGUGCCAUUACUGUGGGGAACGUUUUGAUUCUCGUAGUAAUCUAAGACAACAUCUCCAUACCCACGUGUCUGGAUCCCUCCCGUUUGGUGUCCCUGCUUCCAUUCUGGAAAGUAAUGACCUUGGUGAAGUGCAUCCACUUAAUGAAAAUAGCGAGGCUCUUGAAUGCCGCAGGCUCAGCUCCUUCAUCGUCAAGGAGAAUGAGCAGCAGCCCGACCACUCAACCCGGGGUACCGCAGAGCCUUUGCAGAUCAGUCAGGUGUCUUUGAUCUCCAAAGACACUGAGCCAGUAGAAUUAAACUGUAACUUUUCUUUUUCAAGGAAAAGAAAAAUCAGCUGUACCAUCUGUGGUCAUAAAUUUCUCCGAAAGAGCCAAUUGCUGGAGCACAUGUAUACACACAAAGCAGUGUCUGCCAAAUGUUGUCUUCCUAGUGUGAGAGCAUGCAGACCUUCAGCUGCUCCUGCCCUCCACUGCGCCAUCACUCCAAGCCCAGAGCUUCCUGGGGCUCCACAGAGGGGGUCUAACCUCCACUGGGGCCCCUCCAUACUUCACUGGAUGGCGCCUUUCCCCCCUACGCUGCCCAACUGUGAUGAACCCUGCUCUUCUUCCAAAAAUGUAUUGAAAUGCACCCCUCUGCACGCACACAUCAAAAGCGACAAUACUGCUCCUUCAGCUGCCAGCUGCUGAUAAUUUCUCCAGAAACAACACAAUAUUCAAUCCUGCAGUAUUCAAGGUGCUGGGUUUCAAAUGGUUUAACGUUCCUAUUGAAAGGGAAUUUCUACAAACCCCAAGCACUGAUGAACGUCAUAGCAGAGCGAUGCCUCCUGCCUCCGGAGGGGCUGAGGGGCACUGGUUUGCAGGCCCCUAUCUGACCACCACUGUGGUGAGAUGAUACUGCCCCACAGAAAGCUCAGAGGAGCAGGGCUCACAGCUUUAGUAACUUGCCCAAGGUCAAAACCAGCAGUGGUGAAAGUGGAUUCGGCUUUAAUGUUCUGUACUUUCGACUAUAAUACUGCCUCUUACUGCUUUCUUACUACACUGAAAGAAGCUCCAAAAGGAGAUCUCUUGGUUUCUUUUACUUGUGUAUUGGCUUAGUUCACUAUUUUGAUCCUGUAUUGCAGGUAAGAACAACCUGCAGAUGGAGGACACUGAGUAGAUCUAUGGGGGAAACCUGGGCAUAGGAUCAGUGCAGACUCUGGGCCAAAGUUAGUCCAGACUGCAAUUAUGUCCUUAUGCUUUCCUCUCCCUCCCUAUUAGCAAUUUUCCUCCUUAAACAUGCGUGAAGCCUAUAAGGUAAGAAAAGAUUUGAUAAUUAAUUUAUCUCAAAGUGUAAAUAAAUCACCUCACCUUUCAUAUCUACGGGGUUCAUUCAAACUUUAAGGGGGAAAUUCUUUACUCAAAAAUGAUGACUUCCCUGAAUUUCAGGCAUAAACUCCAGGCCUGUGGAGAAGACCUGGAAGGUGUAGAGCAUCAACGGGGCUGUUGGGAGGACUGAGUUAGUCUGUGAAAGGUUCCCCCAAAAGUCCGUUGUGAUUCUACAGAAGCACCACCACAGCCUAUGAUUUAGGCCCAUCCUGGAUUCAGUCAAGGUCAUGCUGCCACUGGGAAACAGAAUUAUUAUUCAGUACAUGCAGUCAUGGCAUCAUCCUUGAACUGAGACCAACAUGGUCCACAGCGAGACGAUUCACUGUAACAGGCCCGACUCCAGCGUUCUCCUCAGCAAUGAACUCUGCCAAUUCGGCAUUGUGUGAUGGCUUCAGUAAUCAAUUUAAGAAGCACAGGUGAAGAGGCGGCCCUCUCUGCUCACAGCACUCACCG